ACCUAUUUUUGGCAGACACUUUCGGGAUUCGGUAGAUGGGACUCAAGAGGUGGUGGUGGCUACAACCGACUUAUCCGAAACGGAGGUGCUCCGGUGAUCGGUAGCCGCGGCCCUUCAGCCUUCAGUGGCUUACAGUCUCUUUUCUCGGGUCGCAAUCGUCACCUCGUCGACCACGAGGGCCUAACCUGCAUCUUAACCCUUUUGGUUCUUCGAAAUCUGGCAUCACAACCGGGCAUUCGGAAUUGGGUUAUCUGCACAAUUUUGUCCCUAAUGAAACGCCUUUCUGAGAAUCCCUUGCUCCCAGACCUCACUACCGGUGGUUCCCGCUUCUCUUCUUUGACGCAGUCAUCUCUGCGUGGACCAAUGGCAAACUCUCUUUUCGCCGCUGGUUUCGAAGCAGCGCUGGGUUGCUGGGUGCGCAUUUUCCAUCCUCUCCCAGCUCCGCUGUCAGCAGCAGACGAGUCUGUGCCUGGGUCCUCAACCUCCAAGCCGGUGUCGACCGAUGUUGUCUAUAUUGUCCACCCUCAGGCUGUUAAUCUAGUUUGUUCUACACUCCUCGAUGCCAUCGCCGACCUCGCGCGAAACUGUCCUCCUCAGUUCUUUCCCCUGGCACCGUCUGCCUCGCAAUGCCAAGAAUCUACUUCCGAGACCACCCAGACUCCGGACGGUUCGCAAGAUGUGCCCGAACCGCAGACAGAUUUCUGGGUAAUCCUGACCCGACUCAACAGUGCGCCUCCAUCGCUCUGCAAUAUCGAACAGUCGCAGAAGCCUGCAACCUCCGUCAGCCCUUCAGCUUCCUCCUCUCUCAAUCGUCAUAGUCAGCGGAAGCCCCGAACACCGGCUGUCAGUGGAUCUGGUCGCAGAGCCCAUCCCCCCGUCACGCGAUCCAGAAAUCAUCUGCAAUCCACUGACUCUCCCGCGAACACAACCCUUUUGGAGAAUAGUGCAAACGCCAAACACAAAAGGAACUCUUCAACGUCUGUGGACGCCGAUACGGAUGUAUGCUGUUUUGAUUAUUUUUCGCAACUCGCCAGCCUCCUGCGGCACCCGGUGAUCAGCUGUCGGCCCCCACUGCAAGAGAAAUUGUUGAGUAUCCUCGUGGGUGUUGUUCGAGAGUUCUGCAAGAGAAUUCGUGCCCUUCAUCAGCCGUCCGCCACUACAGCACCCCUCAUUACCCGCGGAAAUAUGGAGCCUGCCAACACGACAGCCGGAGCAGCCAUUUCCGAAGCGUCUUCCAGUCAGCAUGUUGGUGAUUCAGUGGCCUCGUCGUCUGCCGUCGGUAGUGAUGCUCCAGAGAGUGUUCCCAAGAAGCCAGUCCCCGAUCUUAUGCUAUGCCCACAGCCUGCUGUGAUUGAAUGCCUCUGUGAACUGGUUGUUGCCGCAAAGACUACGGAACAAGCUCGCAGUCUCUCCGUUCGGCUAGUCUUACUCAUAGCUCAAGCCAAUGCAAAGACGAACGCCCAAAUGCUCGACUAUCUGUGCACAGCUGCCUCCGAUUUAUCAACCGUUAUUUCUCGCCAACUGAAGGUAUGA